AUCAAGAAUCCUCGACUUGAUCAUCAUUUCCACCUUCUUGUCCCUUGUUUUCCUUCCUGUAAGUAGACUUCCAGAGAAUUUUAAUAUGGAAAUUAAGAAGAGGCUGGCUACCUUGGUAGGGUGCAACUAUGCCGGCACUAGGAAUGAGCUUCGUGGGUGCAUAAAUGAUGUGGAAGCCAUGAGGGACCUUCUCAUCGACCGGUUCGGGUUCGAUGCCUCCAAUAUAGUCAUCCUAACUGAUGAGCCAGGAGCACAGCUGCUUCCGACCGGCGCCAAUAUUCGACAAGCGUUAAGACGCAUGAUUGAUCAGGCCAAUUCGGGCGAUAUCGUGUUUUUUCACUACAGCGGUCAUGGGACACUCAUACCAUCCGUGAAUCCACACAAUGGCCGUCGCCACCGCCGCCGCGACGAGGCCAUUGUUCCAUGUGACUUCAAUCUUCUAACCGACGUAGACUUUCGAGAGCUGGUUAACCAACUUCCUAAAGAUGCAACCUUCACCAUGAUCUCUGAUUCGUGCCACUCGGGCGGCCUAAUUCAAAAUGAGAAGGAGCAGAUCGGCCCCUCCAACUCCACCUUCCCAACAUCGAGCAAGCACAUCCUUGCUCAUCAACGACCCAAGUACAUUCCCUUCGACUCAGUCCUCCACCAUCUCUCCUCCAUCUCUGGCCUCACAUCUCCAAACGUCAGCGAUCACCUCACCAACCUCUUUGGCUCCAACGCUAGCCCCAUGUUUGUCCCAGGCACAGUUCUCCAUCGAUCAUAUACUGAUGAUGAAGAUGCAGAUGAUGACGACAAGGAUGGUGGAAUUCUGCUUAGUGGAUGUCAAACGGAUGAGACAUCGGCCGACAUGAGCCCAGAUGAGGUGGAGGGGACAGAGGGGAAGGCAUAUGGUGCAUUCAGCAAUGCGAUACAGAUGAUGAUGAGAGAGGAGGGGGAAGACGAUGAGGAGAUGAUAAGUUAUAAGGAGGUGGUGUUGAAGGUAAGGGAGUUGCUUAAGAAGCAGGGGUUUGAGCAGCAUCCAUGCUUGUAUUGCAGUGAUGAGAAUGCUGAGAAGCCAUUUCUAAUGGCGGAUGAAAUAGAGAAGAAGCUUGACUCAUGCUCUUCACCUUCGUGGAAUUCGAGCGAGGAGUGAUAGAGAGAAUGAAUGG